AUGUCGUCGUUAACGGCACAAGUUGUGGUUUUGAAAGAGGAAGAGGAGGAACACUUCUCAGAUUCUCGGAUCGUUGAAUCAUCAUCUACCACUCUUGUGGGAGAAGUUACAGAUGAAAAGAAACAAUCCGAGGAUCCUUUGGAAUUGUUGAUAUUUGAAAAAGUACAAACUCACGGAGAUUGUAAGCGAGGAUUUACCUAUUCCUUACUCAAGGAAGAGGAGAAUGAUUUCAAAGCAGCGGAAGUGGCUCGCAAGAUCAGAAUGGUGUCUUUGGACUUGCCGAGUUCCGAAAUGAGCAACAAACCCUCUCGAGGAAAAUGGCAAUUGGAUGUUUACAAAUUACCAUGGUCUGAAAAACAAGUGCCCCAACGAAAAUUAUAUGAUCCUGAAUAUCAAAUAUCAUUUCCACUAGCUCCUGUAAAUAUGUCAUCAUGCUGUUCUGAACUAUUGUCUCCACAAAAUAUCCUUAAAAUUGAAUCAAGUCACAAUCAUUGUUUACUGCUUACAAAGGAUGGAGUUGUUUACAGUAUGGGUGAUUCAGAAUUUGGUAAACUUGGAAAUGGUUAUGAGCCACAACAAACAAACAAUCAUCCAUUUAUAAGAAAACCCAUCUUGUUGAUGGAUAAUGCUAUAGAUAUUGCAGUCGGAAAAAAUCAUUCUGUCAUUGUCACUAACGAAGGAAACGUUCAUACAUUUGGUUGUGGAAAAUAUGGUCAACUUGGACAUGGCUCUGUUAAGAAUGAGAAUAUGCCGAGAGUUAUUGACGAUUUUAUCACCAGAGAUAUCAAAGUGAUUUCAGCCUCUUGCGGUGACAAUCAUACUCUUUGCUUAACCAGUACAGGCCUUGUUUAUGGAUUUGGAUCUGGCAGCUCUGGCCAACUUGGAAUAUUGAGCUUUCUAGAUAGAAACCAUGAUUUACAAAUCCAUGAAAAAGCUCAAUUAACGUACGUUUGCUCGCCCAGAUUGGUGCAAGUCAUGAGGCCAGUACAACAAGAAACUGAGGAAUAUCGUCGAUUAAGAACAAAGAAAACCUUCGUUGAGAUGGACAAAAUUUGUUGUGGCGCUGAUUACUCUGCAUUCUUAACCAAACAAGGUCAAUUAUGGCUUUGUGGAAACGGAUUGACUGGAGUCAUUUGUAAUGGAACGUUUGUCGCCAACAAUUUCGAGCCCACUGAAAGUCAGUUUCUUGCACCAUCUCCAAGAACAGAAUCCUCCAUUGUCACACAAAUUAACCUUGCAUCAGGCUCUUGCGAUCCCAAUACACUGGACGUGAGUGUUGACAUGACGCUUGAUGUAAAGAUGGUUCAGCCACCCAUUCCUAAAUUUCUACCUUACUGUCAUGAAAAACCACAAUCCACGGUACGAACCACUCCGGUCAGUAGAGCUUCGAGUUCGGCGCAUUGGCAAAAAUACUUCCCCUCACAUCAACAGAAAGCAGAAGGACAAACCAUCAAAUUUAUUGACAUUUCUUGUGGAAAGAGUCACAUCUUUUGUUUGGCAAGAGAUCAAAGAGUUUUUGCAGCAGGGCUCAACUUUAAUGGUCAACUAGGUAUUGGUUCCAGAACGUCUCAGUGUCGACUGGUGGAUGUCACUCCUCAUUUACCUCACCAAUUGAAAGUAGAAGGAAUACAACAGAUUGUUUGUGGACCUGAUUUUACCAUCCUCAUAAGUGCUUUAGGAACUGCAUUUUGUUCUGGAAGAUUCCCUGGUAACACUGAAGACUCACUGAAGUUUGUUCAAGUCACAAGUUUGAGCGAUUUGAAUUGGUCUGUCGAGAAGGUUUUUUCGAAAAGCUAUUCCCAAGUGUUCGCAUUGUGUAAGAAGAGAACUGAGUAG